AAUUUUUAAAGUUUUCCAGUUCCAGUUCUUUUAAUGUCUCUCUAAAACUGUCUAGAAACCCUAUCUAAAAACAAGAAAAAUGUCCUCGGAAGUGUUCAAAAAUCAAUACAAAAACCAGGGUCGAAACGAGGCGGUACUGCAACAGGAAAGGCGCGAACGUUUGCUGGAAGAACAGCGGAACGCCCGGCAACAUGAGUUCGAUUCUGGCCGGUGCGGUUUGCUCGAAGAAAUUGAAAACCAUGCCCCCGAUGAUCCGGGAGAUGCUGAGACGGAAAUUAUGGAAUGCCAGUCGGGAAACCAGCCAAAUGCAAGCCAGCGUCGACGCCGGAUGUCCUGUCGAUCGAAGCUGUACGCUAAAAAGUUACAACUUUCCGAGUGGAUGUACGAGCGACCGGAAGAUCUCGAGAACUGGUACAUCGUGCGGUGUCCGGUUGGGCAACGGUGUCUCUUGGUGAUCCGGAACAAGCUGGCCGUUGCGUACGACAAACGAGGCCAAUCGAUCGCCACCGUCCGUACCAACAUACACGUUCAGCACAUGCGAGGCACGAUCGUCCUGGAUUGUGUGCUUGCUCCGAACCAUAUCUUUUACAUUCUCGAUGUGCUCGUUUACCAGCAGCUGGAGUUGGUGCAGUGCGAGUGUCAGUUUCGGUUCUCCUGGAUUGCCAACAAAUUCGUCGAAGAUGAGCUGAACGAACGAUUCAACGCCAAAAGUACCCUCAAGAAGAACCGGCUCGAGCUGAAGCUUCUGCGGCACUACGAUUGUGCGCCACUGGACAAUCUGGCCGUGUGCCUGUCCCACUAUCCGCCGUUCGACGACGAUGGUACACGGUUGGAUGGGUUUCUGUUUUACCACAAAGAAUCUCACUACGUCUACGGAAAAACCCCUCUAGUCACGUGGCUGUUCCCGUUCAUGCUUUCCGAUGUGCUGCAACUGCCGGUCGGUUUGGUACACCAAGGGUACGAUGAGCAAAAACCCGCCACUUACGAUGGAAACUACUCGCAGUACAUAGCCGAGUUUGAGAAACAGAGGAAGUUUCAGCGUAAAAAGAAACAGCACAAGCAAAGAAAACCCGAGGAUACGAUGGACACGACGAACGUUAGCGUAGAACUCGACCCUAACGAUGAUGCUUUAUGGGAGGCAAUGGAAAUGGCACCACUCGAUUCCGACGAUGAGGAUCUGCAUUCGUCCAAUUUGCCAGAGCUUGCGGACUAAUAUACAUGUCCACUCGCUAACAGUGACCAAUGAAUUAACGAUUAUUGAAAUGGACGUAGGUCUACGAACCUGAACCGUUUGUUAUCCGUCCCUUACGUGAACCGAGUUUUUUAUGUUUUUUUUUUUCAAUAAAUUAUAAAAACCGUUUAAAAACACACAAACCAAGUAUGAUUGCUUCCCGGAUUCAAACAAAUGAACUAACGUUUUGUUCGCA